AUGAAUCUCUCAUCUGGUGAUUUUGCAAGUGUUGAUACUGUUGAUUUGAAGGAUGAUUCUCCAAUGUCAAUGAUUGGUUCAAGUGCUGGAUCAAUAUCUUUGGUUACCAAAAAUGCUGAGAAGAUAAGUCAACAUUCCGAGUUGAAGCGUAAUCUUGGGGAGUCUUAUGAUCAUGAGGAGUCAGCAACCAAAGUGGCUUUAGGUUGCAAUGAAGAAUUGAACACUUAUAACAAAGACAAGCGCAAGACCAGAAAAUAUAGUGCUAACCAGAAGGAUUCUAUACCAUUCAACAAUGCUUUUGAGACUCCGGUUUCGUUGAUUGAUUCAAGUGCUGGUGGUAUGGCUUUACGUAACAAGAGGACAGGAAAGAUGAAGGCACAACCUGAGCUGAAGCGUGUUCUUGCCGAAGAUUUUGAUCGUGACGAAUCUGGAAUUUCAAACACAAACUCUACCGAUAUUGAGAGUCAUCAGAGGAGAAAGUUACGAAAGCUAUAUUUGGAUACAAGAAAGCUUAACAACCGUGUUAAAGAGAAUGUUUUUAAUAACGAAGAGAAUGUCAUUAAAGACAAUCUUCUAUGUAAUUCAAUAUCUUUUACUAAUUCUCCCAAUGAAAGUAUUAGAAGCCCUUUGUCUGACAUUACAACAGUUUUAAACACAAACUCUAGCAAUAUUGAGAGUCAACAUAGGAGAAAGUUACGAAAAUUAUAUUUGGAUACAAGAAAGGCUAAGAAGAAAGAUAAUGUCAUCAAAGAGAAUCGUUUAUGUAAUUCACUAUCUUUUACCAAUUGUACCAAUGGAAAUACUAGAAAGCCUGUCUCUGUCUCUGACCUCACAGCAGAAUACUUAAAUGGUUUAAAUAAUUCCAUGGACAAGUUUAACAGUCAACAAAGGCGAAAUUUAAGAAAGGCUAUUUUGGAUAAAAGACGAUUGAAUGAAAGUGAUACUAAAAAAGACGAAUUUGUUGGCAUCUCAAAAGAUUACGUUGAUCACUUAGAUCAAAAUGUCACUUGCCAAAUAUGUCAAGCAAAAUUAUGGGAUGUUGAAGCUCGUAGAGGGAGUACAAAAAUUCAAUUUAGUUCAAGUUAUUCAAUUUGUUGUGCAUAUGGUAAAGUUCAACUUCCUAAUAUGAAGGAAGCACCACCAAGUUAUCAGUCUCUUUUUAAUGGAUUGGACUCAAAAAGCAAGUCAUUCAUCAAGAACAUCCGUCGAUACAAUUCCAUGUUUUCAUUUACUUCCAUUGGUGGAAAAGUUGAUAAAUCCAUUAACAAAGGCAAUGCUCCUUAUAUAUUCCGAUUGGGUGGUCAGAAUUACCAUAGAAUGGGAAGUCUUCUUCCAGAGGACGGGUCUAAACCGAAAUUCUCCCAGCUUUAUAUAUAUGAUACUGACAAUGAACUUUCAAAUAGACAAUCUGCUUUUGGUGAAUCUAAUAGAGCUUCUUCAACAAAUUCUUUGGAUCUUGAUCUUCAAGUUAUACAACAUAUACAGAAUAUGUUAGACUCUGAGAAUGUUUUGGUGAAAACAUAUCGCAUGGUAAGAGAUUUUUUUAAAGAUAAUUGUAAUGCUGAGCUAAAGUUGCGGCUAAUUGGAAGAAGGCAACAAGAUGGAAGAACAUACAACUUACCAACUGCUUCUGAAGUGGCAGCUUUAAUUGUUGGUGAUAUUGGCGAUUCCUUAGAAAACAGAGAUAUUAUUGUAGAAACGAAAUCUGGUGGUCUACAACGUAUUAGUGAGUUACAUCCAUCUUAUCUUGCUCUCCAGUAUCCACUUUUGUUUCCUUAUGGUGAUGAUUGCUACAGAAUUGAUAUUCCUCAUAGAGGUGUUACUCCUUCUACAUCAACCAAACGAACAUAUGUCACUAUGAGAGAAUUCUUUGCAUACAGGAUACAAGAUAGGCAUGGUAAGGUUCUAAGAUGUGAUACUUUUGAGAACCUCUCGAAUUUACGUAACCAUGGUAAUAUAAAUGUAUCCAACACUGGAAAGCGUGUCAUAUUGCCUUCGUCAUUCACUGGAGGUGCUCGCUAUAUGAUGCAGAACUAUUUGGAUGCAAUGUCUCUGUGUAAGUGGUAUGGAUAUCCAGAUGUUUUUAUUACCGUGACAUGCAAUCCUAAAUGGCCGGAAAUUAAAAGAUUCCUUAAUAACACCAAUUUAAGUCCUGAAGACAGGCCUGAUAUCCUCUCUAGAUUGUUUAAAAUCAAGCUCAAUGCUUUGAUUAAAGACUUGAAGGAUAACUCAAUAUUUGGCAAAGUUUCAGCAGUUGUUUAUACGGUGGAGUUUCAGAAGCGUGGGUUGCCGCAUGCGCAUAUAUGUUUAUUUAUGCAUCCCGAUCACAAGUUUCCAACUGUUGAACACAUUGAUCCCCUCAUUUCUGCUGAAAUUCCUGACCGAAACGAUGAUCCAGAGUUGUAUACUCUUGUCAGUGAUUUCAUGAUUCAUGGUCCUUGUGGUCCUCACAACGUCAACUGCCCAUGCAUGGUAGAUAAUAAGUGUUCUAAGGGCUUUCCAAAGAGAUUCCGUGAUCAUACGUCUGUCGACAUUGAUGGUUUUCCUCUCUAUAGAAGAAGAGAUUCAGGAAUGUUUGUUGAAAAAUCUGGAGUUAUGCUAGAUAACAGAUUUGUUGUUCCCUACAACAAAACACUGUUGAAGAGAUAUCAGUCCCACAUCAAUGUUGAAUGGUGCAAUCAAGCUGGAUCUAUAAAGUAUUUGUUUAAGUAUAUCAACAAAGGGCCUGAUCGUGUUACUGUUUCUAUUGUUGAAAGUAACACAUCAAACGAACCUGACCCGCCGGUUGAUGAGAUUAAAAAAUACUAUGAUUGUCGUUAUUUGUCUGCAUGUGAGGCAUCAUGGCGUAUAUUCGCAUUUGAUGUUCACUAUAGGUACCCAGCUGUUAUUCGUCUCCCGUUUCAUCUUCCGAACCAACAAAAUGUUGUAUAUGGUGAAGACGAUGAUAUUGACGUAGUCCUCAAUCGGCCGUCAAUGAAUUGUUCAAUGUUUUCAGCUUGGAUGGAUUGUAACCAAAGAGAUGAAGUUGCCCGAGCGCUUACUUAUGUUGAAUUCUCUACUAAGUUUGUGUUUAAAAAGGAUGAACGUUGUUGGAAACGUCGGAAACCGGGUGGUUUUGCAAUUGGAAGAAUUCAUGCUGUUUCUCCUACUCUUGGUGAGGCAUAUUUUUUGAGGAUUCUUUUAAACAAAGUUAAAGGUCCUCGAUCCUUUGAUGAUAUCCUCACUGUAAAUGGUCGUAAAUUUAAUACCUUUAGAGAAGCAUGUUAUGCUCACGGUCUACUAGAUGAUGACAUGGAAUAUAUAGAAGCUAUCCAAGAAGCAAGUCAUUCAGGAUCCGGUUAUUAUCUUCGCACACUCUUUGCUACGAUGUUGACGUGCCAGACUCUGUCUUUGCCGGAACGUGUAUGGCAAAAAACAUGGGAAUUAUUAUCAGAUGGCAUCCUCUAUAAACAACGACAGAUUUUAAAGUCUCCAGACUUAUGCCUCACUGAUGAUGAAGUUAAAAAUCUUACUUUGUACGAGAUUGAGAAGAUUUUAAUUCGUAAUAAUUCCAGCUUACGAAAUUUUAAUACAAUGCCUUAUCCUGAUCAUGAGUUGAUUUCUACUUCAAAUAAUCGUUUGAUUACUGAAGAGUUGGAUUAUGAUAGAAUUGAUCUUCAAGAGCAGUUUGAGAACCUUUUAGUUUCAUUAACCGAUGAACAAAGAUUGAUUUAUGAUGAUAUCAUGAAAGCGGUUGAAGACAAUAAAGGUGGUGUUUUUUUUGUUUAUGGUUAUGGAGGUACCGGUAAAACAUUUCUUUGGAAAACGUUAUCUGCAUCUCUAAGAUCAAAAGGCGAAAUUGUUUUAAAUGUUGCCUCAAGUGGAAUUGCAUCUUUUCUUCUUACAGGAGGUAGGACAGCUCACUCUCGAUUUCUCAUUCCGAUUAAUCUGAACGAAGACUCAAUGUGUACUAUAAUCCCUAAUAGUGAUGUUGCAAAUCUAUUAAAGAAAACAUCAUUGAUUAUAUGGGAUGAAGCGCCCAUGGUACACCGACAUGGUUUUGAAGCUUUGGAUAGAACUCUAAAAGACAUAUUGAAAAGUGAUGGUUCUCAUAAUUCCCAAAGUCCAUUUGGAGGUAAAACAAUUGUAUUUGGUGGAGAUUUCCGACAAACUCUUCCUGUCAUUCAAGGUGGUACUAGACAAGACAUUGUUAAUGCUUCGUUGACUUCUUCGUACAUAUGGGACCACUGCAAAGUACUCACUUUAACUAAGAACAUGAGGUUGACUGCAGGAAGUGGAAUGCAUGAUGUUGAGCAAAUACAAAUGUUUGGUCAGUGGUUGUUGGAUUUGGGUGAAGGGAAACUAGGCGGAUCUAAUGAUGGUGAUGCGAUUAUAGAUAUACCCGAUGAUCUUUUAAUCAUGGAUUCUGUUGAUCCUAUUUCAAGUCUUAUAGAGUUUGUUUAUCCUUCUCUUAUUGAAAAUUACCAAAGUUCUGGCUUUUAUCAAGAAAGAGCGAUUCUUGCACCGACGAAUGAAGUUGUUGAUGAAAUUAAUUCUCAGUUGUUGAUGAUGUUCCCAGGCGAUUCCAAGGAAUACCUAAGUUCCGAUAGUAUUUGUGAGACAGAAAAUCUACAUGAUGGUUUUGAUCAAAGUUUAUAUUCUCCCGACGUACUAAAUGGUCUUAAAAUCUCCGGUGUUCCAAAUCACAAAUUAGUACUAAAGGUUGGUGUUCCCAUCAUGCUCCUCAGAAAUAUUGAUCAAAAAAAUGGUCUGUGCAACGGAACUCGCUUAAAGGUAAUAUCACUUGGAAGUCGCGUUAUUGAAGCAGAAGUGAUAUCUGGAAGCAAUAUUGGUGCUCGCAUUUUUCUUCCUAGAAUUGGUAUAAUACCGUCGGAUAAGAAGGUUCCUUUUAGAUUUCAAAGAAGACAGUUUCCUGUUGCUUUAUGUUUCGCUAUGACAAUUAAUAAAAGUCAAGGCCAGUCAUUAUCCAGAGUUGGUUUGUAUUUGAAAAAUCCAGUAUUUUCUCAUGGUCAACUUUAUGUUGCUUUGUCUAGAGUCAAGAGCAGAGAUGGACUCAAAUUAUCAAUUCUUGAUAAUGAUGGUAACCUUACUAAUAGGACAUCUAAUGUUGUAUACAAAGAAGUUUUUAGUUACUUGUAA